AUGUCAACGCUCAAUUGCAGUGAACCAUUUCCUAUACCAGAUAUGUAUACCAUGUAUGAAAAUUUUACCGAUACUCAAUUUCUACUAUUCUCUAUCGCUGGCGCUCUUAAUAUUGCUGUGGUUGUCGUCGGCAUUCUACACAUACUUAAUAUAUGGAAGUAUAUAAGUGAUGAAAAAAUACGUUCAAAACUCUACAUACUUGCAUUAAUGUUCCCGAUAAUCGCUUCCCUAGCAUUUGUGUCUAUGAUUUCACCACGAAGCGGAUCAAUCUUCUCAUCAAUUGGAGUACUGUACAUUUUGUUCUGCGUUUACACCGUCACAUCAUUAUGCAGUUUAUCGAUUUUCAGGUUUAUAUACGGUAGUCGUGAACAGCUGUCAACAGUCCUUAAUAACCACGAAGCAACCCUAAGCUUUCAAGUUCCACCAUGUUGUUGCUGUAUGGUUUGCUUACCGAAAGCCAUACCAAGCGAACGGAAUCUAAAGAUCGUUGAAUGCCUGACACUACAAGGUCCUAUAAUUCGAGCUUUCAUCGUUAUACUUAAUUGCCACUUUUUAGCAGAAGAAAGAGAGGAAUCCGAAGUGUAA